UUAACGAUUGGCGAGAUCUUGGCUGCGUUAUUGACACAACACUUUCUAUUGAUAGAAAUAAGUAGCGAUUGUCCCGAGUCAUUGGUGCGCCAAAGUAAACUGUGAUGGGCUGGCAUGAGUCCACUGGACUGAGAAGGCUGGUUCCGCCGGCGGAGGCUGUGGUGAUGGUGGCGGCGGCAGUGCUGGUCUCCCUCCUCGCAGAUCAGUAACAAGAAAAGGGGCAGAGAAAGUGAAAGAGAGAGAGAGGGGAGAAGGAAAAAAGGAAAAAAAAAAAAAAGAGGCGUCUACCAGAGCGGCUCAAACCGGGAGAACAAAUGCAGUUCAGCCAUGGACAAUAGUGGCAACCACACGGCGACCAAAAUCCUAGCGACUCCUCCGUCCAGAGAAAGCCUGUCUGCCAGGAGCAACAUGAUCAGCACGCCCAAGCCACUCGCCUUCUCCAUUGAGCGCAUCAUGGCGCGGACUCCAGAGCCCCGCUCCAUCCCCGUCCCGCAGCUCCUCCAUGGCUCUGUGGCCAAAGGCGACCCCAAGCAUCCGCUGCACCUCAACUCCCCCAUCCCCUGCAUGAUCCCCUUUGUCCCGGUGGCGUACGAUACCCUGCCCAAAGCAGCGGUGGCUGGAGCGGAACCCAGGAAGGCUCACUUAGAUUCCUCUUCCUCGCCCUCCUUUAGCUGCGGCGAUCUCUUGAACUGUGCCCUGAGCUUGAAAGGAGAUUUCCCCCGCGAUGCCCUGCCCUUGCAGCAGUACAAACUGGUAAGACCCCGAGUGGUCAAUCACUCCUCCUUCCACGCCAUGGGAGCCCUGUGCUAUUUCAACCGAGGCGACAGCCCCUGUCACCCGUCCUCCAGUGUCAACAUCCACCCGGUGGCUUCUUAUUUCCUCAGCUCUCCCUUGCACCCGCAGCCCAAGGCUUACCUGGCGGAGCGGAACAAGCUGGUGCUACCGACCGUGGACAAGUACCCGGCGGGGGUGGCCUUCAAGGACUUAUCGCAGGCUCAGUUGCAGCACUACAUGAAAGAAAGUGCUCAGAUCCUCUCGGAAAAAAUCGCCUAUAAGACGUCGGAGUUCAGCCGCGGCUCCCCGAGCAGCAAGCCCAAAGUUUUCACGUGUGAAGUUUGUGGAAAGGUAUUUAAUGCACAUUAUAACUUAACGCGCCAUAUGCCGGUGCACACGGGAGCCAGACCCUUUGUUUGCAAAGUUUGCGGGAAGGGCUUCAGACAGGCGAGCACGCUCUGCCGGCACAAGAUCAUCCACACACAGGAAAAGCCACAUAAGUGCAACCAGUGCGGCAAAGCUUUUAACCGGAGCUCAACCCUGAACACGCACACGCGAAUACACGCCGGCUACAAACCAUUUGUCUGUGAAUUUUGUGGCAAAGGAUUUCACCAGAAAGGCAAUUACAAAAACCACAAGCUGACUCACAGCGGGGAGAAGCAAUUCAAGUGCAAUAUCUGCAACAAGGCUUUUCACCAGGUGUACAAUCUGACCUUCCACAUGCACACCCACAACGACAAGAAGCCCUUCACCUGCCCCACCUGCGGCAAAGGCUUCUGCAGGAACUUUGACCUCAAGAAGCACGUCCGUAAGCUGCAUGACAGCGCCCUGGGACUGCCCCGGGCCCCCGCCGAGCUGGGGGGGCCGGACCCGCCGCCCCCGCCCGGGGCGCUGCUGCAGGGCCCGCCGCCGCUGCAGCCGUGA